AUGGUACCGAACACCGAAGGGGCGGUCCCUCGUACCAUCCAAGCAUGGCACCGAAAACCGGCGGCGGCGGCGGCGGCGGCUGCAACGGGCAGCGGCAGCGGGAGCGGGACCAAGGCUCAGAAAAACAUCGUCAAGGGCGACAAACAACCGAAGCGGAAACUACGGAGGAAGGAAAGCUACGCCAUCUACGUUUACAAGGUGUUGAAGCAGGUCCACCCGGACACUGGCGUCUCGUCGAAGGCGAUGAGCAUCAUGAACAGCUUCGUAAACGACAUCUUCGAGCGUAUCGCGGCCGAGGCCUCCCGUCUGGCGCACUACAACAAACGCUCAACGAUCACCAGCCGCGAGAUUCAGACCGCCGUUCGCCUCCUGCUGCCGGGCGAGCUGGCCAAGCACGCUGUCUCGGAGGGCACCAAAGCCGUCACCAAGUACACCAGCUCCAAGUGAACAAGCGAGGUUUUCGGAGACGUACCCCCACAGAUACCAAAACGGCCCUUUUCAGGGCCCCAGCGGCACUCACAGAGGAGAGAGAGAGAGAGAGAGAGAGAACGAUGUUUUGACAUUGUGACGUUUCCUUUCCGACCU